AUGGAAUACUCCAUCACGGGGAUCUUAUGCCUGCUCCUGUGGGUGUUCUGGGCGGACGCGGAGCACCCGGUCACCCUGAUCAGUAAGGUGCACGGUUCGGGGAAAGGACCGUACCCACUUUACAUGAUGCACCUCUACAGGACUCUACUAGCAGGGGAUGGAAGGAAACCAGCAGGCGCACCGACCACCAGCCUGGGCUACGAGCACCCAUCACUGCACAACUCCGACUCGGUUCUCAGCCUGGUCGCAAAAAGUUGCUACCAAGCGGGCGACAAGUGGGCCAUCACGUUCGACAUGUCCUCCAUCUCAGCGAGCGACGACGUCCAGCGUACCGAGCUGCGCGUCCGCCUUCCAGAGUUCUUCACCUCCGAGAACGCCCUGGUGGACGUCUACCAUGCUCCCAAGGGUGACGAGGAGCGUCUGUAUCUGGGUCGCAUCAGCACCGUCCUGAGCACAUCCUCUCACUCCUCGUGGAGGGUCCUGAACAUCACCCAGAUUCUGAAGUACUGGCUGCACCAGGGGGGUCCACCUCCUACCCAGGGUGCGGACCACGAUGACGGCUCCCACGCAGAUCCUGAGCGCUCCACACAGCAUCCCACAUCCAACAGUGUCAUGAUGGUGGUGUACUCGAGGCAAACCCGCACCCAGGCGUCCACGCUCAUCCGUACAGCUGAGCACUCCAAGUACGUGGCCCAUGACUGGGCGCACAGUGCGCCGGUGGGCCGACGCCACAAGCGCAACCACCGGGCGCUUAAGAGGGUGAGCGAGGCAGCGGGGCCCGGGGCCACCCCCAUUGUCAAGCAAGCCGAUGGAGAAAAGAAGCCUCUGUGCAGGAAGGUGGACAUGUGGGUGGAUUUUGACCAGAUCGGCUGGAGUGAGUGGAUCAUUUAUCCAAAACGGUUCAACGCGUUCCGCUGCGAGGGCAGAUGCCCAACACCGGUGGACGAAUCGUUCACCCCGACAAACCACGCUUACAUGCUGAGUCUACUGAAGCUGCACCACCCGGACCGCGUCCCAUGCCCAUCCUGCGUGCCCACCAGCCUGGGUCCCGUCUCCAUGCUCUACUACGAAAACGGCAAGAUGGUGAUGAGGAAUCACGAGGGCAUGGUGGCAGAAGCGUGUGGGUGCCGCUGA